CUAUCAUGAAAUCAGCUGCACUGUUUGCUGUCUUCCUUCUUGCACAGAUGGUGGCAAGUGAAGAAUAUAAAAUUCCUUUUACAUAUCAGCUUGGAGCAGGAUUUAUUCCUCACACUUUAGUAACAGUUAUUGCACAUGUGCCACCAAAUGCCAAACGGUUUACAAUCGAUUAUACAGACAAUGCAAAUACAAUCCUUUUUCAUUUCGACUCACGCUUUACGAGCAAUACUGUCGUUAUGAACACAAUGAACAAAGGGAAAUGGCAAAUAGAAGAAGUAAUUAAAAGUAACCCUUUCAAAAAGGGAGCAGAUUUUAAGCUUGAAUUUCAAUGCGAGGAAGACUAUUUCAAAGUUGUUUUGAAUGGUAAACUACUGCGACAAUACAAAGCCCGUGUGCAUCCUCUCUACCUUGUAAAGAAUAUACAAUUCAUUCACGACAUUAUACUGAAAAGUGUUAGUAUUGCUGCAAUGUAAUGUUGUAAGUUGUUAUGCUUAUGCAAAAUAAAACAAUUCUAAAA